AUGUCGGGGCUUGUUCCUAUAGUCCUGCUCGUUGCAGAGAAGCCAUCAUUGGCUCUCUCGAUUGCAACUUUCCUAUCCCAAAGCCAGGCACGAUACAGGAAGAGCUAUCUGGACGUGCACGAAUGGGACGGCAAGUUCCAGGGCCGUGCAGCCCACUUCAGGAUGACAUCAGUCAUCGGCCAUGUCCUAUCCAUUGACUUCCCGCCCAAGUACCAGAACUGGGAGACCACAGACCCCGCCUCCCUCUUCGAUGCCCCCACUGUCAAGACUGAGGCCACGCCCAAGGCGCAUGUGUGCAAGCACCUGCAGCAGGAAGCGCGGGGGUGCUCCUACCUCGUGCUGUGGUUGGACUGCGACAGGGAGGGCGAAAACAUCUGCUUCGAGGUGAUGGACAACACUCUGAAGUGGAUGGUGAGGGUGCCGGGACAGCAGGUGUUCCGCGCGCGCUUCUCUGCCAUCAGCGCCCCUGAGAUACUGGCCGCCAUGGAGAGGCUGGGGGAGCCCAACAGGGCGGAGGCAGAGGCGGUGGAUGCGCGGCAGGAGCUGGACCUGAAAGUCGGCGUUGCCUUCACCCGCUUCCAGACCCGCUACUUCCAGGGCAAGUAUGGAAACCUGGACGCAUCGGUGAUCAGCUACGGGCCGUGCCAGACGCCGACGCUGUUCUUCUGCGUGCAGCGCCACCAGCUCAUAACUGCCUUUCAGCCGGAGGACUACUGGACCAUCCGGCCCAACUGUGGCGUCUGUGUGUUCAGAAUAGAUGUGGAGUGGUCCCGCGGUCGCCUAUUUGACCGGGACGUGGCGCUGCUGUUUCAGCGUAUUGUUACAGAGGCGCGUGCUCUGCGCUGCGUGGAAGUCUCUGCCAAAGAGGAGCGGCGGCAGCGGCCCAACGGGCUGAACACGGUUGAGCUGAUGAAGACAGCCUCCAGCGCGAUGGGCAUGUCCCCGCAGCAGGCCAUGCGCUGUGCAGAGGGCCUGUACACCAGCGGCUACAUCUCCUACCCGCGCACAGAGAGCACCGCGUACCCGCCCGGCUUUGAUUUCCACGAGGUGCUGGUAGAGAUGCGGCGGCACCCCAUCUGGGGGGAGUACGCCGCCGGCCUCAUGGGCCACGGCGCCUUCGCUCCUCCCAAGGGGGGCCACGACGCGGGGGACCACCCCCCGAUAACGCCGAUAGCCUCGGCUACGGAGGCGGAGCUGGGCGGCGGCGACGACUGGCGCCUCUACGACUACAUUGCACGCCACUUCCUCGGCUCGCUCUCCCCGGACUGCGUUCUCCGGCGCACCACCGCCGCCUUCGCCGCCGGCAACGAGCGGUUCAGCGCCACCGGUGUCGCCCCCGUGCGUGCUGGCUUCACUGCUGUAAUGCCCUGGAAGGCUGUGCAAGGGGAGCCUCUGCCGCCGCUGCAUGAGGGCGAAAUCCUGCCAAUCACUGAAGUGGAGCUGAAGCAGGGCAAGACAUCGCCCCCAGACUACCUGACCGAGAGCGAGCUAAUCGGGCUCAUGGAGAAACAUGGCAUCGGCACCGACGCCUCCAUAUCCGUCCACAUUGCCAAAGUGUGCGAACGCUACGUCAGCAUCCAGUCAGGGCGGCGACUCAUGCCCACAGAGCUGGGGGUGACCCUUGUGCGCGGCUACCAACUCAUCGACCCAGACCUCUGCCUUCCCCUGGUGAGGUCCCAUGUGGAGAAGCAGAUCGAUCUGAUAGCGCAGGGCCUCGCAGGGAGGGAGGCAGUGGUGGCGCACACGUUGGACCAAUUUUCGCGCAAGUUCCGCUACUUUGUCGGGAAGAUUGAGCGCAUGGACGCCCUCUUCGAGGCCUCCUUCUCGCCGCUGGCCUCCUCUGGCAAGCCGCUGAGCAAGUGCGGCAAGUGCGCGCGCUACAUGAAGCUCAUCUCCGUGCGGCCCUCCAGGAUGUACUGCCCCACCUGCGAGGAAGUCCUCAACCUACCCCAGGGGGGAUCGGUGAAGCUGUACAAGGGGUUGGCGUGCCCGCUGGACAACUAUGAGAUUGUGCUCUUCUCGCUGACUGGACCGGACGCCAAGACCUACCCGCUGUGCCCGUUCUGCUACAACAAUCCGCCCGCCGGAGCCAUGCAGAAUGACGGCUCAAGCAUGCGUCGCCAGGUCGCGGGCCCGGGCGCGGGCGCGAAGCCGGGCAUGCCUUGCACACUGUGCCCCCACAUGGGCUGCCAGCACAGCUUCCUGCGCAAGGGCGUUACCCCCUGCCCAGAGUGUGACACUGGCACAGUGGUGCUGGACCCUGUCUCCGGCCCCAAGUGGCGCCUGGACUGCAACCUCUGCAGCUUCAUGAUCUACCUGCCCGAGACGCUGCACGCCGUCAAGCUGUCCAAGGAGCGCUGUCAGGAAUGCGAGUCGGUGCUGCUGAAGCUUGACUUCAAGAAGGGGGCGUCCCCUCUUCCCAAUGGGGAGACAGAGACGACAGCAUGCGUGGUGUGCAACGAGAAGAUAGCGGCGCUGUGCACAGCCAAGCAUGGGCGCAGCUACGCUAAACGGCGUGGCGGCGGCCGGCGCGGCCGGGGCCGGGGGCGCGGCCGCGGCCGCCGCACCGGCGACCCGCUCAUGAGCUUCCGGGACUUCUAG